AUGAAUUUGUUUCUGGGCGAAAACCCCCGCACUCUUUAUCUGGUCACAAGCUCGCAGGAUGAAAGGCGCGGUUGCCCAGCAAGAGUGCUCGUCUUCCGUGCUGCACCCAGGUCGUCCUCACAAGCCAUCGUCGAAUUCCUCCCCAAGACCGAGGUGGACCUCUCCAAUGCCAUCAAGCUCACCACUCGCAUCGUAAAGGGAUGUUUGGGACUGAUCUCCGUGGCGAACGACAUGUUCCUCGCGGUUAUCGUGUCCGCCACCGAGGUCGGGAACACGAGGCCCGCAUCGGCGACCGCGGAGACGGUGGUGCAGAUCCACGACGUCGGCUUCUACUGCCUCUCGUCCUCCACCUGGGACGAUCUCAUGGUUGACGGCGUCCCCAGCCCCGGCUACGGCGACCAGAGCGACCCGUAUAUGCGAGAGCAUGCGUCCGGUCCAGGCGCGCCCCCACCCCCAGAGCACCCUUGCCAGCCGCUGCGCAAAAUCAUGUCCGGGGGGACGUUCUACUAUGCGAUGGAGCCGCAGUGGGACCUUUCUUCGCGGCUGCAGCGUCGGCUGUCGAGGAACGAGCCGUGGGAUGCGGCGACAUACGACGACCGGUUCGUAUGGAACGAGUACAUCGUGCGGAGCCUGCUCGACUUCCGGGAGCGUCUGGAUGCAGUUGAAAGAAUGGAGUUGGACCAGUGCCAGUUCAUUGUACUCGCCAUUCAGGGAUACGUCGGCGUCAGCACGCUCGCGCUCUCUGCACCGCCCACCAACGGACAGCCGACUGUCGCCACGAUCUCCCUCAUCUCGCGACUCGGGUGGAAGCGCGCCGGGACGCGGUUCAACACCCGCGGGGUCGACGACGACGGCAACUGCGCCAACUUCGUGGAGACGGAAACGAUAUUCAGCACGGACCAACAUUGCUAUAGUUACAUACAAGUACGAGGUAGCGUGCCUUUGUUCUGGGAACAGCAAGGCCUGCAGACAUUCGGACAGCGCAUCCAGAUCACCCGACCACAAGCCUCACAACCCGCCUUUGACCGACACUUCCACGGGCUGGUCGAGGAGUACGGCGCCGUACACGCGAUCAAUCUGCUCGGCCAGAAGGAGAAUGAAGCGACGCUGACCGCGGCGUACGCCCGCCACAUGCAGAUCGCCCGCAACUCCGUCGGCGACACCGUGGGCAUCACCAACUUCGACUUCCACGCCGCGGUCAAGUACGGCGGGCACGAGAGCGUCUUUCGGGAGAUCAGGCGCCUGGAAUCGGUUGUGGACAACAUCGACCGCUUCGGGUUCGCGAUGGCCGAUGCCGGCUCGGGCGAGAUCAUCACGGAGCAGAAGGGGAUCUUCCGCACGAACUGCCUCGACUGUCUCGACCGCACGAACUUCGUGCAAGAUAUCCUCUCCCGGACGUCCCUCGAGCAGUACUUGAUGCACGUCCGCCGCGAGUGGAUCCACGCGACCACGCUGUGGUCCAACCACGCCGAGCUCUGGGCGGAGAACGGCGACGCGCUGUCCCGCAUCUAUGCAGGCACUGGCGCGCUUAACACCAGCUUCACCCGGAGUGGAAAGCGGACGCUUGGGGGCCUUCUGUCUGAUGCGACGAAGAGCGUCUCGCGCGCGUACAUCAAUAACUUCCAAGACAAGGGAAAGCAGGUGGCCAUCGACAUGUUUGUGGGCAACCUGAGCAGUCAACACCCAGUGACGAUUUUCGACCCUAUACACGACUCCGUCAGUGCGGCGCUGGAGAACAGACUGGCUGAGUAUUCGACAACCAAGCAAUGCAGCAUAUUUGCUGGUACAUACAACGUCAACGGACGGCCUCCGUCCACCGAAUCAUUAUUACCUUGGUUGUUCCCGAGGCCAAAUAGUCCCGAUAUCUUUGCCAUCGGCUUCCAGGAGAUCGUCCCACUGACAGCUCAACAAAUAAUCCAGACGGAUCCUGAAAAGAGGCGGGUAUGGGAAGCGAAAAUUGUGGAUGCGCUACAAAAGCGGCCGGAAAAGAGAAGCGAGUACAUCCUUCUCCGGAGCCACCAGCUGGUCGGAACAGCACUCCUGGUACUUGUGAAGAAAGAGCUGACUGCAGUCAUCCGCAACGUGGAAGCAGCAUCUCACAAGACUGGCUUGCGAGGCAUGUCGGGGAACAAGGGAGCGGUUGGUAUACGUCUGGAGUACCAUGACACCACAUUUUGCUUCUUGACUGCCCACCUUGCGGCGGGUCAUUCGAACUUCGCGGAGCGCAAUGCCGACUAUCGGACGAUUGUGAAUGGUUUACACUUCCUCAAGGGUAAGACCAUCGAUAGCCAUCAAAACGUGGUUUGGUUAGCGGACACCAACUAUCGUAUCGAUCUUGAUAACGAGCGCGUCCGAGCAUUCUCCCAAAUCGACGACUUCGACGCACUUGUCGCCGCAGACCAGCUAAGACGUGUCAUGGACGACCGUGAAGUCUUCGUCGGAUACCAAGAAGGCCCUUUGCUAUUCCGUCCGACGUACAAGUACGACCCGCAAUCCGACCAGUAUGAUACCAGCGAGAAGAUGCGCAUCCCAGCUUGGACAGACCGGAUCCUCUUCAAAGGGCCAAAUCUCGACCUCGCAGUGUACUCCCGUGCGGAGCUCAAGACGUCUGACCAUCGACCAGUGUUCGCGCUCUUCCGAGCGGAUGUACGCAUAAUCGACCAUUUGAAACGGGACGCGCUGCGCUCGCUGCUGCUGGACAACGUCACCACCACUGCUCCCGGAGAAAAACUCGAUGAGAAGCUAGCAUCCCUUACCUUUACUUCCGAUGAACAGGAUUUGCCCCCUCCUAGCACGGACGAGGUCGCAUGGUGGGACGGGGACGAUCACCUAAACGGAAUCGUCGUACCUCUCGUCAAAAAUGGUGGACAUGCAGGGCAGACGAAUCCAUUCGAUUCGGACAGCGAGUCGCCCAUUUCCUCAUCACCGUCGUCUUCGGAAGAGGAGUUAUACCAUGCACUACAGGCACCCAUUGUGCCUAUUGUCCCAGCGACAGCUCAACGUCGACCUGCCCCACCUCCACCCGUCCGAGCGAGUAAACCCACUAUAGAACCAGCAGACGAGCAAUAG